AUGUACUUCAUAUAUUCCAUAUUUCUAUAUUUCCUUGUUUGUGAUUCAAUACCUUCCAUACUUGCUCAUGCUGUAUCGCAAAUUAGCUCCUCCUUAUUACCAGGUUCCAUUAUAUCUGCGUUUGGCCUUACAGAAAGUACCACCGUAUUAGCAUCCGCAGGAAUUACAACUCAAACUAGCGUUGCAUCUUCUCCUUUUACUUUUUCUACCCCCACAGAGCUAUCGGAACCCAUCGAUAUAAGGGGAACGCCUGAUCCAGGAUUAAGUUCCUCGAGUUUGUCUCAAAUUCUGCUCUCUGAGUCAAAUCCCCGCGCUACCAGUACUACAAUCGAAUGGAUUAUCACUUCAUUACCACCUAGCACUAGCACUACCACCAUUAAAUUUCCGUUGAGUGGAUCUGAAACUACUCUUUCUGAAUCUGGGACCUCGGCUUCUGCUUCUACUCCAUCAUCCAUCAACACGGUUACCUCUGAAGUCCUUCUGAGUACUCCACAAUCCACUUCUUUGGUUUCUUCACCAAUCUUAACCAGUGCUGGCACUUCUGUGUUCUCGGUUUCUCUAUCUACAUCUAACUCUACGGUACUAACUCCAUCUGUAACUGGAAUCUCUGUUAUACCAACUGAAUCGGCAUUCUCUUCUGAUGAACCAAGUAGUAUUGCACCUUCCACCUCUUCCGGUACUGGAUCCAGUGACAUUGAACCCCUAGCCUCAUGUACUGCUAUCAUUACAACAGAUUCUAGCAUAACAACUCUAUUCACAUCUGAGAGUUUUACGGCGAAUUCUAGUACAAUAACUUUACCAGAAUCAGCAUCCUUCUCCGCAAUUGAAGCAACUUCGUCUACUGUUGUAACUAACCCCUCAAUUUCAGACUCAUCUGUCAUUCUGUCAGUAUCUCCACUUGGUCCAAGCAGUUUCGAGUCAAUUACAAUCGUUCCUUCAGCUUCUUCUUCAGAAAAUGAUGGACGUGGUCCAUCCCUAACCGCUUCAGGCUCAAAUGGUUCAUCCCCAAGUGCCUCGGGGUCAGGAAAUGGUACAUCUUCAUCAGAUUCUAUAGCAACUAUUACACUGCAGAGCUCUACAAUCGAGUCUAAUACGACAAUUGCAUAUCAAUCUGUGACUCCGACAGCAGCUACUGAUACUGUACCUUCCGCAAAAACUAGCCAUGUGCCUAGCAUCAUCGAAACUGCAGCAUCACUCACUGUCGUCUCACUUGGCACAAACCCCAGUGGCCUUGAACCCACCAGCAGUGCAGAAUUUUCAGUCUCAUCCAAUGCGAUUGUUAGUUCAGGGGCUAUGUCUGAGUUUGCCGCCUCUACAACGAACCCUAGUACAGUUCAGGUUAAGACAGAACUAAAUCCUGGAGUGAGCCACACCUCCUUCUCAUCAACGAUUGAGAUAGCCAAUUCAACGUUGGAGAUUUCUACCACUCCAUCUUCUUCUUUGACUGAUCUAGUACCGUCAUUAUCAUCAUUGGAUAAGACCUUCAGUAGUGACAUUGAAACGCUUGUCAGUACAACCAGUACAUCGAUUUCCGGGUUCUUCAUCGAAUUGGCCCCUACUAUGACUACAUUAAUCGUUCCGACAUUCCCAAUAUCUACGAGUCCGGCUCCAUCAUCUCCACCUAGUGUGGAAUCGAGUGCCCAGUCUCUCUCUGCAUCUUCGGCUGCGGUUACUGUCAGCUUUCUUCCAGGAAAUAUGGCCGAAUCAACAGCAACAACAUAUCUGAGUUCGAUUUAUACGCUUAUGCAAGUUUAUACCAGAUCUUCUAUAUCCAGUAUGGUAGAGCCAAGCAGCAAUCCCAUUCUUCCGAAUUAG